GAGGUUUUGUCUCUUUAAGUCUCAGUGUGUGAGAACAUGGCGGAGACAGAAGAGCCUUCAGCUGCCGGUUAGUGAAAAUAAAACAUUAAUGUAAUAAUAGAAAAAUAAUACACACAAAAAUAAUAAUUAUUAUUUACAAUAUCGAAUACCUUUAGCGGGUCUCUGAUAGCACACUGGCAGAUUUGAUGUCUGCAUUUACAUCUGCAAGAUAGUCUGCUCAACUGUAAUACGUCAUAGACAUCUAGAACUCGUCUGUAAGAUGUUAAUUUGGAAUAGAUGUAAAGUGAUCUUUAGCAGACGUCGCCUGUGCUAGAUGGGCUGUCUACAGUCCUGUGUGAAUGUCAGAUGUUGUUUCAUUCUGAUAUAUUCUAUCAUCAGCACUCCUUUACUAGACUCAUGUCUUUAUACAUGAGCACGGAUGUGACAUUUUAAUAUAACAUGUGUUUAUUCCACUGAAACUAACUUCAGUAACAUGUUCUCCGUUUCAGGCGGUUCUGCUGACGUGAGGAUGGUUCUGUUGGGUCAGACGGGUUCAGGCAGGAGUUCUGCUGGAAACACUAUUCUGAGUCGAGACGCCUUCUGGACGGACGUGUCGCCCGUGUCCGUCACCGGCCGAUGUCAGAGGGCGGAGGGUGUGGUGGAGGGGCGGAGACUGCAGGUGAUUGACACCCCGGGCUUCUUUCACACAUGUCUGACCCCAGACGAGGUCCGGGCGGAGCUGAGCAGGUGCGUGAAGCUGUCAGAACCCGGGCCGCACAUCUUUCUGCUGGUGUUGAGACCCUGCAGACAAACCCGGGAGCAGAGAUCAGGUCUGGACUGGUUCAGCACCGUGUUCGGACCUCAGUUCCUCAGACACACGCUCGUUCUCAUCACCUGGGGCGACACGCUGAGAGAGAAACCUGCGGACGACUUUCUGAAAGAGAGCGAGGAAUUGUGGGAGUUUGUGCGGGAGUGUGCGGGCGGCCUUCACUUGUUUGAGAACACCAGGGGUCGUGAGGAGAGGUCACAGGUCGCCGAGCUGCUGAAGAAGACCGAUCUGCUCAUCCAGAAAAAUGAUGGGACGUGUUACACCGUCGACAUGCUCCUGCAGGCCGAGACCGCCAUACGACACAUACAGAGGAGGAUUCUGGGAGGGGACGGAGAGGAGGAGGCGGGGCGAGGAGGGCGGGACGAAGAGGAGGCGAGGAAGAGGGCGGAGCGUCUGUUCUGGUAUGAGCUGGUCACGGCCGUAGGUCGCGGGGCGGUGGAGGGGUCCGGUGUGAUGGAGAAGGGCAAGGGCAAAGGGAAGAAGGUGAAAGCCGUACAGAGGGCGGCGGCCAUCGCUUCCACGCCGCUGUCAAUCACAACUGCUGCUAAAGCGAUGGGCGGAGCCAUCAGAGAGGGAGUGAAAGUACUGCAGAAACAUAAGAAAACAUUCCCCAACUAACACAAAUACACACAAACAAACAUUUGUGUUCUCGC